CUAUCAAUUACAAAAAGCUGGCAACCCUGUGCGGCACUCGCUUAAAACUUGUUGCGCCAGUUUUGUUUAGUUGUCGCUUUCAUCUCGUCCCACUCGAACGUCGCCCCGUCCGCAACCGCAACUGCAAUCUCUCUCUAAGCUUAAAACGAACUCAAUAAACAAAUCAACUGAUUGAAAAUGGGUAAUCCAGUGUGGUUCAUAUUCUGGCUGCUGGUCUUCUGGAUCAUCUCCCUGGCGGUCGCAUUCUUCUGUGCCUUCUUCUACAUCGUAAUCUACACACUUGUUGUGUGCAUUCCGGGCCUCUCGGGCAUAUCCGAUGUGCUGCUGCAGGGCCUACAAUUCCCGCAUUAUUGCGCCAAGGCCAUGGUGGACUGCAAGCCCCCAUUUUAAUAAUUUACAUUUAUAUUUUGAUAUGACAUAAUCUUAAGUGCAAUAAUUAUAAAUGUUCAUUUUAUCAGACUUUUUUAUUUUUUUAAACGAUAAAUAAUAAUUAAUUAUUAUAAUA